AUGACUCCAUCAGACGAUGUCCUUCUCAAUCCUGCAUUCUGGCUCGCCAAUCCUGAGAAAGAGGACUAUAACAAUACAGACAAAUUUAUCAGGUGUCACACUGAGCUCAAAAGUGCACCUCUCACACCAAAAGCCAUCAAGCAAGCCACUGGAACUACCCCCCUUCCUGUCUACUAUGACCCUGGGAGCACAACUGAAUCUGAGGGUGACCUUCCCGAGCCUAAGAUCAUCAAGCAAGUUACCCAGCCUCUCGUUUGCGAUGAUGACAGCAUUACCAAGCCAGAAAGCGACAUUCAUGUACCCCCGGAGCAUGUCCAGCCUGUCCGACCUCUCGAGAAUGAUCCUGAGAGUAUUACAGAGUCCGAGAGUGAUGUCGGUGUACCACCCAAGCCUCCGAGUCAGACACCAAAUACACCAAAGAAAACCAUCCAGCCUCUCGUUUACAAUCCUGACAGUUUGACAGAACCCGAGAGCAGCGACAUCGAACUGGCCCUCUCAACUUCGACAGCUUCGAUGACUACACUCAAAAGGAAGUCAUUCUUUGCAACACCGAGUUCGCCACCCCCAAACUCUAUCUAUUGGAAGUACAUGUCACGUGAAGAAGAUGCGAGAUGCAAGAUGAAGGACGAACUCAAGCAGCUUUGA